AUGGGUGACAAUUCAGGAUGCAAUGAAACCAAUGAAAUUGUUGUAAACGUAAACAAGGAUGUCUCUAACACAACUCAAGAUUCAAACGAACCUGCCACUGCUUCUCUCUUGCAAAAGUUGGUAGCUGAAGUGGCAGGAACAUAUUUCUUAAUAUUCGCCGGUUGUGCUUCGGUGGCGGUGAACAAGAACCACGACAAUGUUGUCACACUUCCUGGAAUUUCAAUGGUUUGGGGACUCGCCGUCAUGGUGCUUGUGUACUCUCUUGGUCAUAUCUCCGGCGCUCAUUUCAAUCCCGCCGUUACGAUCGCUUUUGCUACCACCAGAAGAUUUCCAUUGAAACAGGUACCAGCUUAUAUUGCAGCUCAAGUUUUUGGUUCCACACUUGCAAGUGGAACUCUAAGAUUAUUAUUUAGUGGCAAACAUGAUCAGUUUGUAGGAACACUUGCAGCUGGAUCAAAUCUGCAAGCUUUUGUGAUGGAAUUCAUAAUCACAUUUUAUCUUAUGUUUAUCAUAUCUGGAGUUGCCACCGAUAACAGAGCGAUUGGUGAAUUGGCUGGGAUUGCCGUUGGAUCUACUGUACUUUUGAAUGUGCUGUUUGCAGGGCCAAUCACGGGAGCAUCGAUGAAUCCGGCCAGAAGCAUAGGGCCGGCUUUUGUGCACAAUGAAUAUCGAGGAAUAUGGAUAUAUUUGGUUUCUCCGAUUUUAGGGGCCGUAUCUGGUGCAUGGGUUUAUAAUGUCAUUAGGUACACUGAUAAACCGGUUCGUGAAAUCACCAAAAGUGGAUCUUUUCUAAAAGGAGCAAAGCCAUAG